GGGGGGGGACAAACAAACAAAAAGUUAUGUACAGAGCAUUCUCAGAAUGACGAGAAGUAAAACAUUAUCAAUGCUAAAUCGUACUUAAAUAAGUACGAUUCAAAUAUGCCUGGAAAAUGGAUGAUUUGGCAGAUAGGAUAUUUCAUCCCACAACAAUCUAUCUAUCUAUCUAUUAGGGGAAAUUAGGGUAUGUCAAAUUCGCUAGUGGUGCACUUAUAAAAAAAAAUUAUUAUUUUUUUAUUUCCAUGAGGUGGAAUGUUCAAAAUCAAGGAAAAAAAGAAGCUCGGAAAUGCAUGAAUUAUAAAAAACAGCCUCUCGCUCCCUCUGUUUAUUGCUCUGUGGAACCAACACAGCUGCUGUUAUUCCUCAUAACACUUCAUUAAUUCUGAAUACAAGCGUUUUAUUACUCUGACAAUUCUGACAGGCAGGCAGAUGCCGUAUUUUAACAGAGCACCCUUCGAUUUCCCCCCUCAGAUAAACGACAUAUGCGGAGAAAACCUAAACUCCCGUAAUACCGUCAUUAAUACUCUGCAAAGUGAAAUACUAAUUCUUUUUUUAAAAAUAGCCCAAAAUAGAUUGCUGCAAUUUUAAAUUGAGGCAGUAGGCCUAGGUGUCCCCUCCCCCGCUACUGUGGCAUGUCUAUAUGCUUUGCCUCACACAAAACUGAAGGUUUUUAUCUUUAGCCACACUGGCUGAGACGCAGCUAAAAUAGGGUUAAAAGAGCUAAAGCAGGUUUAUCUCUCUCUCUCUCUUUGUAUCUUAUUGUAACUGAAUUUGGCAUAUCCUCAUCUCAUUUUAUCCACCUGUGAGGGCCAAGAGGGUGGGAUUUGAAUAUGAGAGAUGCCGGUUCAAAUUGCUGCUCUGUGCACAACACAGCAUUAAACUGAGACUCACUGAACAUUGGUAGAUUCCACAAGGUGACUGGAGACAGUUGCUCGGCCCUAUGGGAGAUGACCCUUGUGUUGCUCCAAGUUCUUCGCAAGGUGGUGCUGGAAUCCCUGAACAAGUUGUCUGGAGUUAAUAAUGAGCUGGAUAAAGGCCAAUAAAAAGAAGUUCUAUCCAGCUAAGACUGAGCUGUUGACGGCUAGAUUAAUGAACCGAGGAAGAAGGAUGACAUAUCCUGCAAGAACCAGCUAUACCUUGAUUCCAAACCAGAAAUAUCGACGAAGCUACCGUCGUUCCAGCAAGUUUAGCAGCACCCUGGAUGCGGAUUCUCCAUCUCUGUCAACUCUUGGGGAUUUCAAAGCACUCCCCUUAGAAAUCUUUCAGAUGGUUUUAGAAUAUCUGCCAGUGAAGGAUAUCAGCAUGCUAAGCAUGGUAUCAAAGACUAUCAGCAGCCGCCUUAUUAAUUACAUCUCAACUCCUACAGGAAACCGAAGGCUUUUGCGGCAGGACUUUCAUAAUCCUGAGCUAUCUGGCUGUAGGAAAGGAUACUCCAUGCUAGAACACUACAAAUCCUUAGGCCUGUUGUUAAAAAGGUGUACUUUAUUGCUACCUACAAAGGAGAGAUUGAAGUACAUACACAAGAUACUUUCAGAAAUUUCCUGUUUUAAAUUUAGUGGCUGCUCAGAUCCAUUUCAUUGUUUAGGACUACAGUGUUACGGAGUAUUUUUACAGACUUUAACAGCAGGUUGGGAUGAAUUAGAAUGUCAUCGGGUUUAUAACUUCCUCUGUGAGUUGAGUAAUUUACCCCGGAGAGUGCAGACAGUUGUCGGCAGCAAACCUGGAAGUGCCCGAAAACUGGAGCUGAGGAUAAGGAUCUUUUGCCGCAGUGUUCUUUUGACCCAUUGGAUUCAUCGGAGUGAUUCGGCAUUUUGGCUGACACGUAUUUUAAAGCCAUGGCCUAUGGUAAAUCAAGCCCGGCUACUAUAUAUACUGUUUGGGCCUGCCUCUAACUUGGAUGGGCAUGUGGUUUGGCAGAAAACAACUGACGGUCCAGCAGACGAAAUCAGUUUGAAAGGGUUGGCAGAUGCCAUUAAACUACUGUAUGACACAGAAGCAAAAGAGUGGACGGCAGAUGAUGUCAUCAGUUUGUUGGAUGAACUUUCAGUGGUUCCCCGUGACUGGCUUCUGGAAAACAGUGCCCGGCUCCUUAUCUUGUGUGGAAACAAUAUCUGCUUCACUUUUAUGGCUAGUAAAGCUGUGAACGGUCGAGCUAUCGAACUGGCGAGGCUGGUGGUUUUCCUGGCUUUGGUAUGUGAGAAGGACCUCUACUGCAUGGAUUGGGCUGUUAAAAUGAUGCAGAAAGUCUGCAAGGUUUUCAGUACUCCGGGCGAAAGGAACAACUUCCUGCAAGGCGUGGAGAAUUCUUUUGCACACAUUAUCAUGGACGCACUGCAGUCUGUGAUAUCCGGGGAGCACGAUGAGGAAGACAGCAGCUUUCUUAAUCUGUUUCAUCUGGUAAAUGCACAGGCAAAUUUUCAUAAGGAAAUCCUUUAUCUGGCCAUGAGCAACAGCAUGUAAAAUUCUCAGCAUUUUGGAGAAGAUACCACCAUGAGGAGUGUUUCCUCUUUCCCAUGUGGUUGCCAAUAUCUUAACCGGCCUUCAAGAUUCACACCUCAGUGGUCAUGGGCAACUGCAUUAUAGCUGUAGAAAUUUUUUUUUGCAGCUUCUGAAGUGUGUUGUUGAAUAUUUAUAUAUUUAUAUGCAAACUAUAUAUCUAUAUAUUGAUUAUACAUAUUUAUACUAGCUGUUUUGGAAAACCAGUUGCAUUAGCAAGAGGUGGAUAUCAGUUUACAGAAAGGAGAAGCUAGCUAUGCUUUGGAAAAACUGGACAGAGGAGCACAAAACAGUCACAUUAAAUACUUAAGGUAGUGCAACUGCUUCUUCUUUCAUUUUUAAGUCACUCUGAGAUCGAGAGAAGUAACUU